UGCUACAGGGUGAAAGAAGCUGAAUAUUUUGAAUUUACGUUUGUCGCGCGAGGUGCUCCGCGGUAUUAAUGGUCUUCCGAAGGGGAUGGGAUGCAGUCGCCAUGAGAGACAACGUGAUUUGAACACCAUUGACAUCAAGUCAAGGCCUGCUGUAAAAGUAUGCCGUUUUCGCCGCACGAUUGGCAGUCGUUGACAGUCGACGGUUUGUUGCACUGAGUGCGCUAGUUGUUUACAAACAAUUGCAGAGGAAGAGUGGUUUUGGACGAAGAUAAAAAAGUUGCUAAAUAUUUCCUCCACGGACAAUGAUAUGUUUUGCUAACAUUUACCAGAAGAAGACAACGGAACAAGAAUAGCACCCAGUUGGUGGUCUCUGGCAAAAAGAAGAUAUUUUGCUCGCAGACAGGACAAACAGCUCCGUUUUGUGGCUGUUUAUGCUUCGCGCUGGUGUUGGUGAAAAGUUGUAAACAUAAAGGCGCUGCUGCUGCUGCACCAUUUCUCAGCGUAAACCAGUUUAUGAUUAGAAUGAGGAAAUCAAUCAAAGCAAUCGUUUGAACACAAAAAAAAAUCUAGUGACUCCGAUAGUUGGAUCGCGUUGUGUCCAACUAACGACAUAAGCGUCAAAACAUGUCCAAGUGGGGCAAAAGCCACGGGCUGAUCGUACCGAUCGAUUCGUUGCUGAAGGAAAAGGAAAACACUAAUCGGCCUGCACCGCUUCGUUCGGCCGGUCUAGUAGGAAGAUGGGGCAUUACGAGCUUUACCUCCAUUCGGAACACCAGCUAUGAGUUCGAGAGCACCAGUCCGAAGGAGUCGGACGAGGUCAACUGCACCUCGAACCUGGCGAGCUUGUCCACGCAGGUCAGCAAUCCGAUCAAGCCGAAAAAGUUCUUCAAAAGCCGUAACACUGUGCCCGCCACACCGGAUCCCCACCGGCAGGAGGCCUUCAGCCAUCAGCAGCAUCCGUUCCUGCAUCACCAGGCUUCACAGCUGCAGGCCAGGAUCGGUGGCGGAAGUUCACCCUACACAUCGCCCGGUGGUGGUUACCCGCUGAAUCGUGGUUCCUCUAAAUCACCUGCUCACGCGGAACUCCUGUCGGACACGAAGCCGGUCGAAACGAAGAAGGAGAAGCCGAAGAAAAAGAAGCAAAAAUCACCAAGCUCGGCAGCGGAGGUCCCUGUGGAACAGGAACCGGCAACCGAGGACGAUUCUUCCGCGAAGAAGGAGAAAAAGGAAAAGAAAGAGAAGAAACCGAAAAAGGUGAAAAAGGAAGCCGAACUCCCUCCGGAGUUACCCAAGCGGAACUCUACGCGCAUACGCAACAAGGUUGUCAACUACAACGAGGAUGACGAUAGUUACGACAGUCCUGCACCAUACCCUCCGGAAGCACCUUCGAUUCCGAUUUCCAAACUGGCGCUGGAACCGCCGCCGGCAGUAGUAACACAAUUGGAGGAGACGAUCGCUGAGCAGGGAACCGAGAAGGAACGUGGAAAACCACCGGCGGACACAGGUGGCACAGAAGAGAAAACAUUGAAUGAAUCAGCGCCAUGCGAGCUGGUGACUUCGCCGCCUCAGACGGCGUUGCUAGCGGGUGCGAUAAGUCCGACUAAAUCCGGCAGUGGAAGUGGAACCGAAGAUCGACAUAAAUCGAGGGAGCACAAAACGGCGGCAACGGUGCCAAUGACGCUGGGUUCACCCUCCGUUACCGAACACCCGCCGAUCGUGCUGCGGAUAUCGAAGGGCACCUCCCGGCUGAUCAGUACCGACAGCGAAGAUGUCCAUUCGCCACCGCAUGCGGUUAGUGUUCAGCCCCAACCACCGGUAGCAUCCCAGCAGCAGCCGGUCCCGGCGGCGGCGGUGGCUGCCGCAUCGGCUUCAUCCGCAGUUGUCUCCCACGAGGUGGAAGAGCAACCAGAGCCAGCAUCCACAGCUGCACCCGCACCCUUAACCACUGCAACAAUUCCAACCAUUGUGAUAAAACCUGUGGUGCCAUUGCCUCUCGUAGCUACCACUAGCAGCAGUAGUACCCCGGAGCAACAAGAACAACAACCUCGGAAGGAGGAUUUGAAGAUCAAAAUAUCGCUGAGCAAAUCGUUGAUUAACAACGCCGGGAGCACUAACAGCAGCGGUGGUAAGAGCAAGAAGGAAAGUAAGAAGGAGCUGCGGCAUUUUAAGAAGCGUGCGAUUGCACGCGAGAAGGGCAAAACAAGCAACAAGAGGGCCAAGCGUGGUGAGGCGGAAGAAACGCCCCCUGAGGUGGCGUACGACGAGGGAAAAGACGAAGAACUAUUGGCUGAAGUGGCAGACGAUUUGCGGGUGGAUCCGAUUGUGAUACCCGCAAUUAGGCCAACCUUCCCACUGCCUGGAACGGACGCGUACGAGCUGUACCGAACGCUAGCGUCUCCCUCCGGUGGAGACGAUUUCGAUUCUCAGAGUUCGAUUCUUGGAAGUGCCUCGUCCAACAAUACUCCCAAACAUGGCGGCUUAACGGCGGCCGAGGACUGUCGAAUCAUUCACAGCCGAGGAUCGAGCGAUUGUGGAAGCGAUUUGGAGUUGUCCCAGAACAGCUCGACGGCUGCAGCGCCCCCUUCGGAGAUUAAUUUCGAAAGUGAAAACACCCAGGAUAUUAAAGAAGACGAACCAAAAGUGGUCGAAGAGAAAAAGGAGCAACCUCCCCCCAAGGAAGAGCGAGUGGAAGUGCUGAAGUUGAGCUUGAAGAGAGCCCGGGUGACAACCAGAGCUACGCGAAGCAGCGCCAUGAAGAACGCUCAAAUUGAAGUAAUCUCCAAACCGGAACCAGUCCCGAUUCCAACGGCGCUGCCUACAGCGGAGCCACCGAUCAAAAAGUUUGGUCGUUCAACACGGAAUCGUAACAACAACAACGUAGUUCUACCGGAGGAAAAGCAACAGCAGCAGCUUUCCACCGAAUCGGAACAACCAGCAAUCGAUCCGAUUCCGAUUCGUGAAACAACUCCACCGCUUGCCCCCGUUCAAAAAACUGCCACACGGCAAUACAGUCGGCGGAAGAAAAACAUCAUCCCGCCAGACUACCAGCCGGAUCUUAUCACCAGCCCACACCGACAGACCGAUAUGCUAGACUCCGGUCCACCUCCAUUCACUCUAGCUUCGGAGAGCGAAUCCGCCAUAGCUGUUACGAAAUCGGCCUGCGAUGCGGCAACAGAACUGGAUCUCACCAUCGCGGUUAGCCGAUCAGAGCCGACAAAAGCAGUGCCCGGUUCCGUUCAGGAUGAGAACAACCCGGAACCGACAGAGUACAAAAUUAAGAACAAGUUCAAACGAUCUUACUUCCGCAGCGAGGCACUGGCCAAACAGCAACAACAGCAUCAGCAGCAACAGUCGGAAUGUAGACCACUCUCGGAAGCGCCCGCUAACAAUACCAUACCAUCGGCAGCGCCAGCCAGCACAUUAACGGUUCCUCCCAUCACCAUUCCAAUCGGAUCAUCCAACACCCAACAGCAACAGGAUCAGUCGAAUCUCCAGCAGCAACCGGUGAAGCUUGUGAUAUCAAAAAAGAAGGGUAGCAUCUUCAAAAGCAGACCUCUGACCGGGAGUGCAGAAGCGACGGACAAAAAGCGACACGUGUACAAACACAAGUGGGAUGACGAUGACGAUGACGGGAAGGACAAGAGCGCGAUGGCUGAAACGGAAGGGGAAAAGAAAACGACGCAUGUUUUCGAAGGUGAACCUUCGGGGCUAUCGCGGGUGACGAGGGCGCGAAAUUCGGGUGGUGGCUCCUGCACCGAGUUCGAUGAUGAUUUUGAAUUUGACGCGAAACUAAAGUGCGACCGGGACGCAAAACCGUACUACACGGUGGUGCGGAACGUUAAGAAGGCCCACCAAAUCCAAGAGAUCGGGGAAUCUCAGGAAAUGGACGACGACGUUGAGUAUAUACUGUCCGCUCUCCAGCCGGACAACCCGAACGCUACCCGCUGCCUAUCGGCCAUGACGCUGGCAACCAAAUGUAUGACACCUGCCUUCCGAAUGCACGUGCGAGCACAUGGGGUCGUGACGCGGUUCUUCAAAGCGCUGAGUGACGCCCAUCUGGAUCAGAGUCUGGGCCUUUGCACCGCCACCAUUAUGUUCGUCCUCUCGCAGGAUACCCUCAAUAUGGAUCUCGAUCGGGACUCGCUCGAACUGAUGCUUAAUCUGCUGGACGCGGACCAUCGUUCCAGCGGGGACGAAGAUCUCAACCGCGGGCAGCUGGAGAAAAAUAAACAAAAGGUCCACGAGCUGUGCGAGGAAAUUAAAAAUUCCGGCAAGGCAAAGCACAUGGAUUUGGAGAACAUCACGGUUGGAUCGCUGGCGAUGGAGUCAUUGCUUUCGCUCACCUCCAAGCGGGCCGGCGAUUGGUUCAAGGAUGAGCUGCGGAAUCUCGGCGGGUUGGAACAUCUCAUCAAAACCGUGUCGGACUGUUGUCGACAAAUUUCCGAUUACGUUGUCGAGUGGACCGAUGAUCUGCUGUCGAAACUGCGGAAGAUCGAACGGUGUCUACGAGUGCUGGAGAAUGUGACACUUCUGAACGAGGAAAACCAGAGUUACAUCCUGCAGUACGACAAUGGAAAGCUGGUGCACACGCUGGCGAAACUUCUCAAGCUGGUGGACGGUGAGGUAGUCCUGUAUCCAACCAACGAGCUGACACCGAAAGAAGAACGGGGCGCUGUCCUACGGGAGGUCAUAAUACCGGUGCUGAAAAUUUUCAUCAGCUUGACGCAUCCCUUCAAUGAAAAUGCUUACGGUGCCUCGGUAAUCGGACCAUUGCCACAUGUGAUCGCCACAACGCUGCAUCUGCUGCUUCGGGUGGGUGAAUACGUACCGCAGAAGUUCAUCUUCGAAAUGAACAUUCUGGUGCUGCUGUUCCUUAUCAAUCUGACGAUGUACACCAAAGCGAACCGAAAGCUGCUGAUGGCGGCGCACGCGCCGGAUGAUUUCAGCGACGGUGACGGGCAGCAGAUGGCCAUCGAUGCCCUGGUGGAGUACUUCCACCGGCAGGAUGAGCUGGCGAGGUAUGCGGAGAAGAACACGGAUGCCAUUUUGGAUGCCAAAUCCAAGAGGAACGAAGAUAUUGAGGAGACUGUUACCAAAUUACUUCAAAAAGCGGGUCACCAUAUGGAGCACACGCUAAUGGCCAGUUACGUGUGUCUGCUGAUCGGUUGGCUCGUGAUGGGCAGCGAGGAGAACGAGGCCACCGUUCGAACCUACCUGAAGGACAACAAUUUCGUAAUGAUGGUCAGUUCGCUGGAAAAGUAUUACAACUUCCUGAAUCUGACAGCCAAUUCCGAUGCACUCAGCUUGCAGCACGUGCGCCAAACCAAGAACAUUAUCGACAAUCUGAAACGACUGGAUUCGGCGGAUCGAGUUGCCAGUAGUCAACCGUCGGAUGCAUGCUCCAGUCAAGCUUCCGGUACUACAUCAUCUUCUCAACAACAAUCACCUUCCACACCGCACCACCGAUACGGAUCGCGAUCAUCCACCAGGGCGCACUACUGACAGAAGGCCUCGCUCUAAAACGGGCGCGCUCCCAUGGCCCCCGGACAUUUGUGUGCGCGCAUAAUGUUCCAAACUUUAUUCCCCUUGUUGUCGUCGUCGCGUGCUUUUGUUUUUAGUUUCAUCAAACCGCACAUAAAAUUAUUAAUUUUAACGAGAGCAUUCAUUUUGGAAGUUGUUUUAACUUGUUGUUCACGACGAGAGCUCUGUUUUGCGGACAGGUACGAUCCAAUCGAAUGCCGCCAAACAUUUGUAAAGUAGUGAGAAAAGGGCGGGAUAUCAAGGGGAACACCGCCCAACCAGGAAGUAUAAUUACAAUUAUGCUGUGUUCCAUAUUGCCCACGCCCACGGCUGGGUCCACUCCCAGCCACAAAUACAAAACAGUUUAUUUUUUAAUUUACCCGUGUUUAUUUUUAUCUAGGCGGUAAGGUAAGGUUAUAAAUAUAUUAACUACUAAACGUG